AUGACGCAGGACUGGGGACCCACCCUAAGGAAAGAGAGCAGACUGAGCUGGGAGAGCAGGAGUCUGGCUUCUUGGUGGCAGGAUCACAUCAUGGUGGUCCUCUGUGUUCUCUCUGAUCUGGAGGGAGCCCAGUGUCAGCAGCCCUGCCAGAUCCAACACUGCAAUGCUGAGUACCUGGCCUUGUCUUCACCACCACCUUCCUCCUCCUCAUCCUCCGCCGCCCACUGGGGUCCCGCGGCCCCCCCACUCCCCCUGCUGGACGCAUGUGAGGUUCUGCGCGGCUACUCGGACUGCACCAAGCGCACGGCUCGCAGAUGCCGUGGAAACCUGCUGUUCCACUCGGCGCUGUACCGCAUCCGGGAGCUGUUCUCCCAGCUGAACUGCUUCAGGGAGGGUCCCGGGUACCCCCUUCCCCCUCCUCCUGGGGCGGACCCCAGCCGCAACACACCCCUAGGGCCUCCAGGGGGCGCUACCCUAUGUGACUACUGGAGGCGAGUGGAGGGCGAUGUCCACUCCGUCAGGCUGGACGCUGAGGGCUACGCAGGGAUGAACGUCCACUGUGGGAUCCAGUUCCAGACCUGUAAGGUGGAAGGGGCUUGGCCUCUCCUGGAUAACCCAUACCUGACCGUCCAGGUGACCAACACACCUGUGCUACGGGGAUUGGGCCCCACUGGCAUCACCAAGGUAACGAGUGGUGACGAUGUGUGGUGCCUGCGCGUCUCUCAGGGCAUCAUGAGGCUUCUGAAACGCUAG